AUGCCGAUCAUUUCAAGAAUCCUGUCCAUGGGCCUGCGCGUCGCCGAACUCGCUUUUGCUGGCGUUGUCGCAGGCAUCGUCGGAUCGUACCUCCAUGACUAUCAGACCGGCAGUGGCUGGCCACUGGCUCGCUUCAUCUACGUCGAAGUCAUCGCCGGUGUAUCUCUCCUCUUUGGUCUUCUCUGGCUCUUACCUUUCGCCAGUAGCUUCUUUCACUGGCCAGUCGAUCUCCUCCUUUCCUUUGCCUGGUUUGCGUCCUUCGGUGUCCUUGUCGACUAUAUUGAUGGCACUGAUUGUGACGAAGACACAUUUGACUGGAGUGGAAUCACUGAGGGAGGAUUCUGCGGGCGCUGGAAAGCCGCGGAAGCAUUUUCUUUCUUGUCAGCUAUUGUGUGGAUUCUCAGUGCGAUGGUUGGGAUCUGGUUCAUUCGUCGCGACAGACGCAAGGCUACCCCUGCUCAUGAUCGAGCGUAA